CUAGACGACGUGUGCACGCGGCUGCUAGUAGAUAUACAUUCGUCUAUUAAGCAAUCCGCUAGCUCUAUAAAUGAUAAUGAAACGGCAGUUUCCGGUAUACACGUGAACAUGAUUAGCAGACUUAUUAGUCAAAAUAUUUUAACCUACGGGAUAUUUAGAUAAUUUUUGACAUGGUCAAAAUCUAGCUCUGAUCGCGUUGAUAUUUCGACUACAGACUUAUGAGAUGAUCGAUCUACAUUUACUUAUAUAUCUACGAAUAUACUGGAUAGUAAUCUGAAGAGAUGAAGAUUAAGAAAUGGCUGAAAGUGCAUUUGAAGACGACCUGAAAUUUUCGCUUUUAGUUGAAGGUGUAGUCAGAAAGGCUCAGACUGAGACAACAAAUGAGAGGUCAGAAAUAAUUCGUGAUGUAAUAAGGUUUCAUAUUAACACCUGGCUCGAUCAGGUAGAACAAAUUAACCCUCUUUAUAAAGUAUCAGAAUUAAUUCCAGUUGGAAGUUACGCCGAGGGAACUAAAAUAAUACAUGCAGACGAAUUUGACUAUUUAGCUGUCAUUGAAGAAUUGUCAAAACCGGAUGUGAUAGAAAUAGAUACAAGUGAAAGCGAUAUUAAUAAAGGCUUGGUAAAAGUCGUAUUAGCAGACGAAGAAUCAAAGUUGAAAUGGAGCGGACUUUGUAAAGACGGUCAUCUGAGAUGUUUUCAACCCAUAAACUUCCCAGGAAUGGGUGAAAAAAGAUUUGGACAUGUUGUUAUCGACACGGUAUUUAAGUUUAUCAGAAACUUGAAACGAAAAUUUACGUCAGCAAAGACACCAACUGCCAUAGAAGAUUGCAUAAUUGUCUUACCAGCCGUGAAUGAUGUGACUUUAUUUUUCAAAGGCGCUGUUUUUAGAGCACCCAAUGUCAUUCUAAACUUUGAAUACGAGAACAGGAAGAUAUCGGUUGAUGUUUCACCAGCAAUAAGAUAUCAUAAAAUCCACGACUGUUUCCAAGCUGAGGACUGCGCUGGUCCACAGUUUGCUGAAGUUGUUCUUCGACGCAAAUCUCUAUUGCUUGUCGGGACUGAAAGAGAAUCUGAUUUUAAAGUUACUGUAACGGAAGCAGAGGUUGAGUACAUAUUGACUGUCAUGAAACCCGAGCACAAGAUCAUCUAUGUAUUUCUCAAGUAUAUUGUAAAAUUAUACGAGAGAGUACUUCUGGACACAUUUACCUCAUAUAUGAUGAAAACUGUGUGUAUCCACCAUGACAUUAAAUGUGAAAAGGACGAUAGAUCUAUAAUAGAUUGUUUACAAUCAGUCAUAAAUGAGCUAAAUGUUUGCAGGCAGCAAUAUUUUGUUAUAAGUAUAGUAAAUAAACAUAUUCACCUUGUUAGUCUCAUGGAUUGUCACAUGGACAUAACAAAAGACAAAGAAUGCUUACUUCAAGGCAUGACUGCAAUGUGUCAGCUACCUGCAGAAAUUGAAACCGUUGAAGAAUUUGAUACAUUUAUGAAGCGUAUUGUUGACAGCGAGCGUCAGAAAAGAUAUAUAGCUGAAAUGGAAGAAGAUAAACUAAGAAGAGAAGAAAAUGAACGCUUUCACAAAGAAGUUAAUGAAAGUAUUUCAAAUAUUGUUGCUAUGGGUUACGAUCUUGAUGAAGUGAAAAAAGUUAUGGGAAAAGCUAACGUUAUGUAUGAUUCUGAAUCAGCUCUUAAAAUUCUUAAAAAGCGUGCCAGAGAGCGAGAGGAGAAAAAUGCUAAAGUCACUGAUAGCUGUUCUACAUCUGGUGGCAUUUCCAUGCAUGUCUCUGAUACGAAUUCUGUCACUGAAAACUGUUCUGGUGAUGGUGUGCCUGAAAGAAUUUCCAUGCCGGUAAAUACGUCUCAGGAUGGGAGCUCACAUUCUGGAGGAUUCCCCCUUGCUGUUUACAGGCCCCAAAUUACUACGAUUGCACAUGAAAUAUUGUACCAAAGGAAAAAAGAUGUUUAACAUUUUUAAGAUCGCAGAACAAGGGACAACGUGAUGCUAAUCAAAAUAGCAAUGGUAUAUAUAAGUGGGACUAAAAAAAGGAUUUGAACACCACACUAAAAACCGUAUUCAGGUAUAUACCGGACAAGGCGCUUGAAUAAUAAAGUACUAAAAUCUUGCCUUUUUACCCAAAGGAAUGAACUUUAAAAGGUCUUAUCCAUCUUUUAACACAGAUUUAUGCAUGAUAAUGAAUGAAAAAUGUAAAAAUCUGCGAAAAAAACGAUAUUUGUCUAUUUUGUAAUCAUGAUUUCUGCAAGCGUCUAGAGUUACUGCUCCAAUCCUGUCAAUACAUAUUGAGUUAAAUCCUAUUAAUAAGAGUGUGUUACUGACAUUUAUGUCAGUCAGAGUACUGGUAUGUUAUUUCACAACGAAAAGCAAUACACUCAAAUACACAUUUUACGUGCAUUAACAUCGCGGCAUAAAAAACACUUACUUUAAUGUCAGGGGGCUUUUAUUGCAGAUGUUAAUGCACGAAAAAUGGUGCAUUGCGUGAAAGUACAAAGCAUUCGAACGAUAACCUGUGCAUAGUUGUACUAUUAUGCAAGAAAAAUAAUAUUAAGUACACUUUAACUCCUAUUCUUACAUGCUAAGAAGAGAAUUGAUAAAAUAUGUUGAACUACAUAAAAUGUUAGCAUGGAAGAAAUUUUCCUGACGUCAUUUGAUUUAUUAACGUCAUAUUUGACGUCAUGUGACACCGAAUCAUUCCCUUUUUAUGAUGUGCAUAUAAUAAUUGUGUUAUAUAAUGUCUUUGUCAGUCCUGUCUGUUUGAUCGAAAGCUAAUGUGAAGCGUGCUAGAAUGCAUAUUUUCUUGUCCGUUAAUGUAUACAUGCGCGCGCAGUUUUUUAUGCAAGAAUGGUCUAAAAUAAAAGCUUUAAAAAAUGUCGAAAUUAAGUGGUUUAAUAUUUAUCAGAGAUACAGUAGGCCCUCAAAGGUUCUAUUUUAUCUUAAAUGUCUGUGUUUAGUUUACCCCGAAUUCCUUCUACACUAUACUAGAUACAAUUUAUUAUAUGUAGAUGUAUUUGUAAUUUUGUAAGCUACAGUACCAUGAGUACAAGGUCAAUAACAUUUAUGAAUACAUGUAUAAAUACGUGCUAGAAUAGUUAACAUUAUUCUGUGUUAUAUUUGUAUUUUGUUCAUUAGAAUGUUGUUGUUUUUUUUCUUUGGUUUGCACGAUACAAGAAUUGACAGCAAUCCGUGUGAUAGAUCUACAUUUUAAAAAGUCAAUCAAUAAUCGUCACCAAGUAACAACGAUAGUUCUAUAUGCAUUCUCUAAAUCUCUGAUACUACUUGUUUAUAUGAAGGAAAUCUAUGAUCAAUUGAUUCAGAUAAAUCCAAUAUGGCGGCUAAAAUCACCAAUACUUUUUGCACCUGACUGUAUGAGCUUUUAAGAUCGUUGAAUUCGUCCGCCGUCCGUCCACACUUGUUCGUUAACACUCUAGCGGUCACAUUGUUGCCUCAAUCAUCAUCAAACUUUGUCAGGAUGCUUAUCUAGGGAAUUUGAACAUGGGUCGUCUCGGAUGAAAAUCUAGGUCACAGGAGCUAAAAAUAGAAAAACCUUGUGAACACUCUAGUCAGUUAUCAUCAAACUUGGUCAGGAUGCUUGUCUAAAUAAUUGCUCAAAUGAGUUUGAACAUGGGUCAUCUCAGAUGAAAAACUAGGUCACAGGAGCUAAAAAUAGAAAAACCUUGUUAACACUUUAGUGGUCACAUUUUUGACACAAUUAUCAUCAAACUUGGUCAGGAUGCUUGACUAGGUAAUUGCUCAGAUAAGUUAGAACAUGGGUCAUCUCGGAUGAAAAACUAGUUCACAGGAGCUAAAAAUAGAAAAAUAUUGUUAACACUCUAGUGGCUACUAUUUUGAUCCAAAUAUCCUGGAAAUUGGUCUGAAACUUUAUUCUAAUGAUUUCUAGGUCAAGUUAGAAUAUUGGUCACCUGGGGUCAAAACCUAGGUCAAACUGCCCAAAUAUGGAAAACCCUUGUUAACACUCUAUAGCUAGUGGCCACAUUUUUUACUAAAUUAUCAUCAAACUUGGUCAGGAUGCUUGUCUAGGUAAUUGCUCGCAUGACUUCGAACAUGGGUCAUCACGGAUUAAAAACUAGGUCACAGGAGCUAAAAAAUAAAAAAAUCUUGAUAAAACUCUAGUGGCUACAGUUUUGAUCCAAAUAGCCUGUAAAUUGGUGUGAAAGUUUGUUUUGAUGAUUUCUAGGUCAAGUUCGAACAUGGGUCAUCGCGGAUGAAAAACUAGGUCACACCGCCAAAAUAUGGAAAAAACUUUGUUAACACUGUAGUGGUCACAUUUUUUGACUCAAUUAUCAUAAAACUUUGUAAAAAAAUGCUUGUCUAAGUAAUUGCUCGGAUGAGUUUGAACAUGGGUCAUCUCGGAUGAAAAACUAGGUUAAAGGACCUAAAAAUAGAAAAUUCUUGUGAACACUCUAGUGGUCACAUUUUUGACUCAAUUAUCAUCAAACUUAGUCAGGAUGCUUGUCUAAAUAAUUGCUCAAAUGAGUUCAAACAUGGGUCAUCUCAGAUGAAAACUAGGUCUCACCACCCAAGUAUGGAAAUACCUUGUUAACAAUCUAGUGGUCACAUGUUUGACUCAAUUAUCAUCAAACUUGGCCAGGAUGCUUGUCUAGGUAAUUGCUCGGAUUAGUUCGAACAUGCGUCAACAAUUUCUGUAGAAAACUUCUCCUCCUAAACCACUUGGCGACAUUUGUUGAAACUUUGCAGGUAUGUUCCUUGCAUGAAGCUCUUCCAAAGCUGUUCAAAGAAUUAGAUUCCAUAGAGAACUCUGGUCACCAUGGAAACCAAAUGAUUAUUUUACCCAAAAAAAUCAUAAAAAAUCAAAAUCUUAUUAACGACCAUCCAGUCUUAACAACAACUAUCAAUGAUAAUAAACAGAUUACCAAUAUUCAAGUAAUGAAUGAAUCUCUACAGAAGACGAAAAAUUAGAGAUCGAAAACUUACUGUCAAAAUGCAAAAUAAAAUUUCUAUAAAACGAUUUUGUAAUGAAAAAUUUAACUGAAUUACGAUCUUCUGAAAUAACAAAAAAAUACUAAAUAAAACAACAAGAAAAGAAAAAUUUACCUUGCGCAAGCUUAAAGAUUUUACACAACAAGUCAUAAUGACCUUGUGUGUCUUUAAACAUCUAUAUGUGAGUCCCCAAAGCAGAUUUAAAAUCUGUUCAUUACAUAGGCAUAGUUAUCCUGAGUGGAAAGCAUGAAAUAUAACUUUCACGAUUUUCUUAUAUUCCAGAACGCAUGUAUAACAAAAUAUACAGGCCCGUAAUAUGAAAUUUAUAGAACAUAAAUAAAUUUGCACUUUAUCACAAAAUAUAACUUUCUUAUUUAUUACUGGACUGAAUUUUAUGAAAAUUAUGUCAAAAUGCUUGAAAUGAUACCAAGAAAUUUAAGCCAUCAAUAAAAAUACUGAAAUAAAUAAUUUUACUCGAUAACUCGUAUGCAUUGGAUUUAGUAUAAAACUGAGGUUCGGCAGGGAAAUUGAAUACUACAAAAAUCAAAGCACUCCUGAGCAUUUACGAAAAGGUUUACUUUGUGACAAUUUGGCAUAAAUAUCUUCUAGUGGAUGUCUGCCGAGUCUGUUCAAAUAAAAGCCCGACUGGGGUCCUAUAUACAUAUUUACCGGACAAUCAGUUUACCGGACAAAAGCUAUCACUGCUGAAAAGUGCUUGAUUAUUUGCUUCGAUUCAAAAAUCAUUCAUUCUGAAUUGUACACACACUUUCUAUUUCAAAGUAAAUAACAACAACACCACUCUCAAGUAAAUAUUGUUGAUUCAGUUCUUUAUCUACUAAGAUGCCUUUUUGUUUACAAGUUAUUUCAUGACCUGGUCAUGCGGGGGAAUAAUCUGUUCUGCGCAAGUCCGAAUAUGGAGACCCUAAAUGUUUUUUUUAGAUCGGUUUUACUUUUAAUUCUUUUCAACGUUACCUUGAGAGACAAUCGUAACAUUUUUAAAUGAUAAAAGUAAUUUUAAAUUUAGUCUUAACAGUAUCUCGUUGUUGUCUUUUACAAAGAAGUGCAAAUUUACGGGUACACCCAUGGGAGGAAACUCUACAUGAAAUAUAAAUAAAAUUGAUUUUAUUGCUUUUUAAGGAAACUGUAUGACAAAGAACAGAACUCCAUUUGAAUAUCAAAAUGUGCCAUACGUUUAAGGACAUGAAGGAUCAAAACUUUAAUUGAGUUAAUAGUGUUAAUUUCAGUCACACCCUAUAUAUUGGCCUCUUCAUAACAGGCAUGGCUGCCGUGUCUAUUUCUAGUGACAUACUGGGUUUUUCAAAUAUCUUAACCUUGCCAUUCAAUAAUGGUAGUUUCCUUGCUGGUUAUUUAAAGAUUAAUUUCAAUUCACGACUUCAAAAAAUUUUGAAACACAAUGUCCGGUAAAUUGAGUUGUUUACACGAUUUUUUUCCUCUUAUAAUGCCCUACUUUAAAGACACAUUUCUACGGUCAAAUGUUUAAUUUCAUGUUUGAUAAAGGAAUGUUUACGUGCAUUAAGAACCCAAAAUUAUUUGGGUAAAAUUCCAUUCUUUUUUAUUAUUUUAAAUAAAAGUUACAGAUAAAAAACUUCAUAUUUUGUCCGGUAAUAUGUAGGAUCCCAGUAGGGUCAAAAUUGUCCCGGCCCCAGUGGUCAUUGAUUUUCCUUUAAUGUAUAUAGUAAAAACUUCAAAAAUAUUCUUGUGAAAAUCCAAAAGAUAUUUAGCAUAAAACAUGUUCUAGUGUAUGUCUACCAUGUUUGUUGAAAUAAACCCCCUAGGGUCAAAAUUGGCUCCAUCCCAGGGGAUCGAGGUCGACAGUUCAAUCCCCAGCCAGUUCAAAUGUUUGUUUUCCUUCAUUUUUUCUGCCAUAGUUUUAUUAACUCACCUGACACAGUGACAGGCUGAACUGUUUAAUAAAGUGGCUGCUAGAGCUAAAAUUAGAAAACAACAUCUUAACAACAUCUCAGCCACUGGUUCAAUUUUGAAAUAAUUUUAUACAAAAAUUUCCUCGGUGACAGUGUACAAAAAUUGUUCAGAUUAAAUUCCCUUGUUUUCAAAUUGUGCUUCUGGGAGGGUAAGGGGCUCCAUUUUGACCGUUUGACCUAUUUCUUAGGGGAGCGAUCCAGGGCCCUCUGGGCCCUCUUGUUUGUUUAUUAUCUUGGAAGGGCGCGAUGAAUGCAUAUUUGACAAUGUUUGUUUUUUUCAAUGCACAUCAGUUAAAACUAUAAAUGUGUGUGAAAGUCACAGAUGCACGCGCUACAUAUGUUCCGACAUCGAAUAAUACGAAUAAAAAAGUUAUGACAGGACAACAUAGUUUUUUUUUUUCAUGUUUUAGAACACACUAAUCUACGCACACACGAACGCGCAAAUUAAUGUAUAGACAUUAUCAGAACAAAACAGAAGGUUUAUUUAGUUGUAUGCAUGCUACAGCAUAAAUACAUAUACUUACAAUACAUGGCAAUAAUAUUCUUGUAUAAAUACACAUGUUAUCAUAUUACAAAAGUGUUGUAUCUUAUCAUGGCGUAGGAAAAAAAAGAGUAUAAGCUCUAAGCGCCAGUAAGAGGAAAACGGAAGGUGUCUAACUAAAAAAUAUUAUAUGUAAUCAUUAAAAUAUGUGCAUUCAUUUCUUAUUGGAAAAUUUGACUUAAACUUUAUAGAAAAUAAAUUUCUAAUUACAUCCCUUUGUUUACAUGAAAUGUUAAAUUCGGUAAUAUCUUUAUAAAUAAUGCUUUUUGGAAGAUACAAUACUGAUAAAUCUUAAUUUGAGCAUCAUAUUUAUGAUUUAAAACCAUAAAAAAUCGUGUUACAGGAUCUUAACGUUUAUCAGAAAAUAUUUAAAUAUAGACAUC